AUGGCUCCUUCGCCGACCCCCAGCCCGGCUCCUACAGCUGCGAAAGUACCAAGCUCACGUCCGUCUUUCGAAAUGACACCCGACUUCACUGACCAGUCCUUUGAUCCCGCCGAGUACCUCAACAAUGCUCUUCCUGCGCUGACGCUGGCGUCAUCUCAAACGAACCUCUCGCGGGCUCCUGCGGGGGCCUCUUCCCUGCCCGAACUGUCUACACAAGUCCAGACCGUCCUUUCACAAAUAAACGCGCAGAAUGCUCGACAUUCCACAGCCCUUACACAACUUACCGAUGAGAUUCUACGAAGCGGAGGUCGAUUAGCUUAUGAAGUUGAAUUGCUGCGUGGAGAGACUAUUGGACUUUCGGACACGUUGACGGACGCACUACGGAGUGACAUUGAGAGAUUUGUCCCGGGCGCUGCGGACAAUGACAAGAUCGCCGGGGCGGAGGAAUCGGAAGAUACUGGAGAACAGGGAGAGCCAGCGGAGACAAUCACAGUGCAGGACCCUGAAUAUAUCACCAAGCUACGGACGUUGAACCAAGUCCGCGCACGACUGGAAGAAGUGGUGCAGACCUUCGGAGAUGCCAUGGAAUGGCCCCUCCCGCCAUCGGAGACGUCUAUAACAUCAUCAUUUAUUUCGGUGUCGGCGCCGGAACCGGGGCCUGAGAGCCACAGUCGCGAGGAGAAGGGCCAAGAGGUGGCUAAGAAGCUGCGAAAGGAAGUAACGGAGCUUUUAGAUAGCAACGGGGGCGGGCAGGAGGGGAUUGAAGCUGCCUCGCGCCGUGUUGAGUCGCUACGUACAUUGGCACUUGUCUGGAAGGGCACUGCGGAGGAGAAGGCCCGAACUCGGUUCGUAGACAGCCUGGCUAAGAUCGUGGAGGACCGUCGCAAGGCCCUAGACAAUCAGGGCCGAUCCGACCAGUCCCAGCAGCCGUCCGGAUCGUCUACGAAGGGACCAACAACGGGUCAUCGGCGGCAAGAAAGCGAAGGCCCGGGGGGUGGCAUCUUCCGCAAUCUGCAACGGUUGCGAGAAGAGAUAUACCUGGAAUGA